AGAUUGCUUCCAGACCUGAUACUGACUCUAAAAAAGAAACAGAACUUUGGAAGGCAGAAAGGAAGAGCCGAAAGAAGGAUUAAAACUAAAGGCACUCACAAAACUUGCUCGGCAGCAUUUUUCGGUUUUGUCCAGCUUGUUCGCUCAUUCCCUGGCAAAUGUCUGUGACUGUUCAAAUGGCAAAUAUCAGUGGAUCCUCAUCCCCUUACACCCUCAUUGAAGACUGUGAAGCCACACACAAGGCACUGUAUAAGUUCUAUGCGGCUGUCAUGAUUGUGAUUUUUAUCUUGGCUUUGCCUCUGAACGCAUCGGUCCUCCACCUCUUCAUAUUCAAGCUCAAGUUCUGGAAAUCCAACACCAACAAUGUCUUCCUCUUCAACCUGGUGCUGGCUGACAUUCUCCUGCUCUUCUGUUUGCCAAUAAAGGCAUAUAACUUCAUCCACGGAGAGAGGAGGAGUACGCAUGAGACCGUCUGCAAAGCUAUGCUCUUCAUGUUGUUUUUAAACCGCGGCGCCAGCAUCGCAUUCCUAACAGUGACUUCCAUUGAUCGAUACUUUAACGUGGUGCACCCUGGUCGAAAGAAUCUCCUUAAAGCGCUCAAGAAAUCUCCUCAGAUCUCUAUCCUUAUCUGGCUGCUACUUCUGCCUCUCACCAUCCCCACCAUGCUCCAGAACUUCGAUUGCUGCAACAGCCACAAAAGUGACGCAAAAAACGAUACAUUAAUCAAGGAUGUGGUGGACAGCAUGAGAGAGGCGGUCUUCUUCACUCAGAUCCUCAUCCCCUUCGUCAUCCUGGUCUAUUGCACGGUGCACAUCGUCAACCGGCUCAGGAAGAAAACAGUCGGCGACAAAACCAAGCUGAAGAGGGCGGUGUUUCUGGUGAUGUCCGUUAUGGUGGUCUUCUCCUUUUGCUUCCUCCCCUGCACCAUAGCCAGGAUGGUUCUGCUGAUCGUCCGGGUUCAGGAAUUGAGUGAACCCAUCCAGGAUAAAGCUGCUGUGGCGUUUGACGGCCUCAUGGUCCUCUCCUAUAUGGACUGUCUACUGGAUCCACUGGUCUACUGCUUCUGUAGCACCAAGUUUAAAGGGCUUUAUCUCUCCAACUACUUCCCGUUUUUAGUAAAAGACGGUGAUCUGCCGUUAGAGAGCUCAACAGGAAACACAACACAGCCUUCACGCAAUAAAGUAAUUUGAAGUUAAUGUAAACUAAGGAUGGGUAGCUGCUGUACAGAGUGUAGGCUUUCUCUGUAGGGACACCUGUUGAAACCAACAGGAGACUGACUGUGCAGAAGAAAUGUACUGACUUCAUGAAAGAGGACUCUGAAGGUAAAGUGUGCUAUGAAGAUGAGGCAUAUGAUCAUUAUUUAACUUGCUAUUCUCUAAAUAUUCCUCAAACAAACAGAAGUACAAAUUAUAAAUAGCAGGGGCCGUUAGGGUCUUUGGUGUCAUGAGUUUUUAGUAUCAUGAGCUGGCAAAAUGAAUAUCAUGUGUUUUUCAGUCCAGUGGAUCUCACACAAUAGUGGCCUGAGGGGUGAAAUUGAAAACAGAAUCUAUUAGGGGAAAUGCCUCCCAGCUAAAGUAUUCCCAUCUGUUUUUCAGUUUGUCUUGGACAGUGAACCAUAGAAACAUUCUGUUCAAGAACAAGAAUCUUAUCUGUACUAUGAAAUCAUACCAAUCUCAUACAGCCUUGGUCUAAGCCUUUUACUGUCAAGCAAACAUUGAUGUUUAGUGCCAUCACUUAAGACUAAGACAAUUUAGAAAAUAAUAUAACCCUGGCACAUGAAAAAUGUCCUAUCAAAAACGUUUUCAUAAAAAAAAAAUCCAGACUAAGGGGACCUCCAACAAUCUGGGAUAUUAAUUGUACGCAUGCAUGUAUGUAUGUUUGUAUGUAGCUGACCCUAAAACUGUCUGUCCCUUAUUACAUAAGACUUCACGUCCCUCUCCUGUCACUGAUUUAACUCCUAGAAACUCAUCUCUGUGUGUCAAAGUUUCUUCCCCCAUGAAAAUAAUCCCCUUCCUGCUUUAAAGUGGACUACAUGAAACCCUACACUCUUCCUUCCUCGAGAAUGAAACUCAGUCUACUACUCCAGCCUAAGCAAUGGCAAGUUGUGCUAUUGGAAUAAUUUGCCAUAUAUGUUUGAAACGAAAAAUCGACUCUGAAGUAGAAGAAUGACAUGGAGUCCCAACUUGCAAGUCGAUAAGAUCAGUCUCUUAAGUUUGCUAUGUAUGAAACUCUGGAAGUCUGAAUCCAUGUUUUUGAGAUUGUCAUCAGCACACUGCAGAUUCAAGGUGGAAAUAUUCAGCCAUGGUGUCGAUUUCGUUUUUUGAUAAUGAUAAGUCUUCUAGCAUAUAAAAACAUCACAUAUUCAAGUUAACAAGGUCAAAAAAAACCUUGAUUUUCCACCAGAAGACACUGGUUACUAAAGCUGAUUUAAUAUUGUGUUGUAGAACUGUUCAUACUGUAUAUAUAGAAGUACGGGGGUAAUUGCUAUGUAACUGCUUUCUGUCCAGAAUAAGUUCUUGUAAAUAGAUUUAUGAAAAGGUUACAGUAAACGGUCCCUCAUUAUGUCAGGUGCACCAGCCAUUAAUUGAGUACGCAAAGUCACAUCCCUCAAAGUGUCAAAUUCCCCUGAAUAACAGUAUAAAUCAUGAGUCAUAGCUUCAACCAGACUGAACUAUACUUCAUCCAGAAUUACUCACACAAAGUUCACUGUACCUGUAUAAGUCACUGGGAUGACUUCAGUCAUUCUAAGGAAUCAUCAAUGGAAAUUAUGCACUGAGUGAGGUUAUGUCUGCUUUACACUGUCUGACUAUAAAUAGACUCACUUUAGUAAUCAAUGAGCUGGAGUCUGGUGAGUCUACAUUGCAUUUCAUCUAAUAAUGACAUCUUUGUUGUGUUUAAAGAUUAAUCAAUGUGAGUCACCAACAACAUCACUGAUUUCUAUUUCCAAUGACGUUGUUUGAAAAGGUGAAAGAUUGUAAUGUUAUACUGACACACUGUGGAAUAUUCAAAAACUUUCUUGUACGGUAAUAUAAUUUUUUUAAAAUAAAAAAGUAUUAAUAACUAUAACACAUGGAUAUUUGUGGAUUUAAGAUAGUUUGAGAAAUCAAGAGACACUUUUGAUCUCAGGGUCACAAACAAGAGGAAUUCUACACAUGCAUAACUUCAUUAUCAUUCAACAGGCAUCGAUAUUUAGACCUGCAAAUGUCCCAGUUGCACACCUGACAACAUGUAACUCAAAGCGCGUGAAAACACGGAAAAUAUUUACCAAGUAAAGGGGCACACAUGGCCUGCGGUUAUAAAAAGUACAACCUUAAAUAAUACAGUGUUAAAGUUUGACAAACACAAUAUCAACAUCAUGCAGGGGUGUUUUUGUUUACUUUGUCAGAUAGUUGUGUAAAUUUGACCUAUGCAGUGAUGGAUUUUUAGUUUCACAGUAUUUAUCAUUUGUUUGUCCAUGACCCUGAUGAAUUCUGCUGUACAGCCAAUGAGCAUCAUUCUUUUUUAAUCUUAAUCCACAGAAAAAAAUAUAAAUUUGGCCACCAGUUCAUAUACAUACAUGUCAUAGGCACUAUUGCAGCUGUAUUGGCAUUAUUAAAUACUACAUCGUGUUACCGUUAAAAUAGGAACAAGUGCUGAUGAAAUUAUUAACGUUUUGAUUUAUUAUUGUAUCGCUGCUCAAAAGAUUUAUCAUUUCAGGCGUCUAUCACCCCAUGAAAUUGCUUGUGUAUGAUGGUAAACAUCAUCUGAGCAUGGUUCAAAUGAGUUAUCUAGUUUUGUUUUGUUGUAUUGUUGUAUCCCAAUAAAUGUUUUAUUUCCCACAAGACACGAUAACAAUUCAACUAAAGUUGUAUUAGAGCCACACAAGUUGAAAUUGUCAUUAAUAUGUUCUUCAGGUGGCGUUAUGUAAAUGUUUACCAUUACUUUUGUGUGUUUUUACUACUGCAACAGCAUGUGAAAGUGUAAAUAUAUUUUCAUCGUUGACUACA